AGCUCAAGUGAACGCUUCUCAUAUGGCUGCUACGGCCACUCCUAUUGUAACAACAUCACUCCGUCCUACAACGCUGUAAAUGACACAACAGCGACCUAAAAGUGACGUGCGACGACUUUGAAGGACUCCAGCUGUAUUGCAACUUCACGCAUGAGGCGUUUGUCCGCAGUGCCGCCCGUCCGAGGUUUUGGGAGAGGAGAGAUCUUGCACGCGCUUCCUUCUAGCCGCUGUGGUGUAUACACUCUCACGCGACACGGUUAAUGUAAUUUAUGGAUUAUUCAAGCCAUCAGACUCUUUGAAUGGAUGUGUUUUUCGUUAAACAAUGAUUUCUGGCAUUGGAAUAAACACUAAAACCUUCGCUGCAUCUUAAAAUCCAUUAUUAUUGUAUUUAUGCUACUCAGAGACGCAUGAUCCUCGCGCACUUUCCAAUAAAGAGCAUAGAUGAAUAAAGGUUGCUUGCAUUAAGCAACACUGUAUCUGAAGUCUUUGUCCCCGGAGCCCUUGGAGAUAUGGAGGGACAGGAUGGCAAGGGGAAUAAUAAUGAUACUUAUCCAAAUGCAGAGAAGAAACUUGCUCUCUGGUACAUGGGCUGGUCAUCUCUGGACAGACGAACCACUCUGCCCAUGCUGCCUUGGCUGGUAGCGGAGAUCCGGAGGAAAAGUGAGAAGAACGAGUCUGGUCCCGCACAGGCCAGAGAAGUGCAGCUGUGCCUCUCACCUCCUCUGAUCCGAUGCGUGCCUGCAAGUAGCAGAAACCCGUCUGUGUUAAUAUUCGAGCAUAAAGCUCAGUUUAUAUCUAGGUUCGUCCACAUUAGUAAUGACCUCUCAUAUUUUGCCUACCUUAUCAGAAGUCAACCUGAGAACCCUGAGUCUGAGAUGGCAUGCCAUGUGUUCAAGGCAUGUGAUCCAAACCAGGUGCCUGAGGUUAUAAGCAGCAUUAGACAGGUGUCCAAGGCUGCUCUUAAGGAGGGAAGCAAGCCCAAGCAAGAGACCGAUGAGUCUUUCUACAACUCUCAGAAAUUUGAGGUGCUUUACUGUGGAAAAGUGACAGUCAACUGCAAGAAAGCCCCCUCCACGCUGAUCGACGACUGUUUCGACAAAUUCCGUCAGCAUGAGAUUGAACGCAAACGCCUGCGACUCCUCAAUGGACAGCUUAGCUCUACUGAGACCCCUGUGGAUUUCAUCCUGGGGGACGACCCUCUGAGUUCCUCUCUCUGUGAAGUUGUCGAAGCCCAACCCAAGCCCAGCAUGAUUGAGGAGGAGCUGCAUGAGGUGGGCAAUGGGAAACUGGACUUGAUGAGCGCUUCCAGUGUGUGCAGCUUGCGAGGGGCCUUUCCUGAAUGCAUCUUGGAGGAUUCAGGGUUUGGGGAGCAGGAGCUCCGUAUGCACUGUAAUAGCCUGGCUAGUAACCUGCAGAAAAGGUCCAGAGAGGCAGCGGGCAAGGGGUCGACUCGUAGGAGACAUGCUAGCGCACCCAAUAACGUGCAGCCGUCAGAUGCCGACAAAAAUCGUACAAUGCUGUUCCAGGUUGGUCGGUUUGAAGUGAAUCUCAUCAGUCCCGACAGCAAAACUGUGGUUAUGGAGAAGAAUUUUAAGGACAUCUCUUCCUGUUCUCAGGGAGUUAAACAGACAGACCACUUUGGCUUUAUUUGUCGUGAUGUGGAAGAUUCGGGCUCAAGCCAGUAUGUUUGUUAUGUGUUCCAGUGUGCUAGUGAGUCUUUGGUGGAUGAAGUGAUGCUCACCCUGAAACAAGCCUUCAGCACGGCAGCAACACUACAGAGCUCUAAGAACCAAAUCAAACUGUGCGAGGCUUGUCCAAUGCACGACCUACACAAGCUCUGCGAGAGGAUUGAAGGCUUGUAUCCUCCCAGGGCAAAACUAGCAAUUCAGAAGUACCUGUCCCAACUGAGUGACAACGAGCAGGUCAAUGUUUUCGAGAGGGUGCAGAAAAUGAAGCCAACAUCAGACCAGGAAGAAAAUGAGCUUGUGAUUCUUCUUCUGCGACAGUUGUGUGAGACCAAGCAGAAAUCUCACGUUCAUAUAGGAGAAGCUCCACGGCAGAAUUCUUCUUCCGGUGCCUUGACCUCUGAAAACAGUGCAGGCCUUAACAAGUUGGACGUGUUAAAGAACAAAGCUAAGAGUUCUCUGACAAGCUCCCUGGAGAACAUCAUCUCACGGGGGGCCAACCGCAUGCGUAUGCGUCUGGGCAGCAUGGGAAGCUUUGACCGACAGGGCGACUCACCUGGUGAUUCCCCACCUGGGACUCCACCCAGUUACGCUGAGGACAAUGCAGAUGCCCCACAGUUCCGUCGCAGGGCACACACCUUCAGCCACCCGCCCCUCAAGAAGAAGAUCUCCUUCACUGAGGUUUCGUCCCAGGGCUGUAAGGCUCCACUGCACAGGCAACAGUCUUUAGCCCCAGAGCUGCUACAGAGCAGUGGUAACGGGGAGGGCAGGAAGAGGUCUCUGUCAGCUUGUAGCACCGAUUCUUUGACCGUGGUACCUCUACGCAGAGUUUCCUGGCGUCAGAAGAUUUUCCUGAGGGUGGCAUCACCCAUGAACAAACCCUCAGCGUCUAUGCAGAACAUAGACCACAUGGACAGCCGGGAGUUGCUGCCUCUGUCUCCUCGGUCUUUGGACCAGGAUUCUAAUGCCAGCCCCCUGUCCCCAGAGAAGGGCUUUGGUGGAGAGAGUGACCGGCGCUCCUCAGCGGACUAUAUGGCCUUGUGGAAGAAAGCAAUCCACCAACAGAUUCUUCUCAUCCGCAUGGAGAAGGAGAAUCAGCGCCUGGAGGCCAGCCGCGAUGAACUGCACAUCCGUAAGAUGAAGCUGGACUACCAGGAAAUGUGUCAGUGCUUAAAAGAUGUGCAGGCCCUGUGGGACAGGAAGUUGAGCAGUCCCUGCCGUACUAAAAUACAGUGGGACAAGGAUGAGAUCCACAAUGCUGUCUACCAGGGUGUCCCUAAAAGUCAGCGAGGGGAGGUUUGGCUCCUACUCUCUCAGCAGUACCGUCUGCAUCACCGCCUGCCGCAGCGGCAGCAGCCUCCAGAUACACCUUAUCAGGAUCUGCUCAAGCAGCUUACAGCACAGCAACACGCCAUUCUGGUCGAUCUCGGCCGGACUUUCCCCACACACCAGUAUUUCAGCACUCAGCUUGGUGCUGGGCAGCUGUCUCUUUAUAAUCUACUGAAGGCAUACUCCCUGUUGGACACGGAGGUGGGCUACUGCCAGGGCAUCAGUUUUGUAGCUGGUGUGCUGCUGUUGCAUAUGAGUGAAGAGCAGGCAUUUGACACCCUCAAGUUGCUCAUGUAUGACCUAGGCAUCAGACGGCAGUACCGUCCCGACAUGAUCUCUCUGCAGAUCCAGAUGUACCAGCUGUCCCGACUGCUGCACGACUAUCACCGUAACCUGUACGCACACCUGGAGGAGCAUGAGAUCUGCCCCAGCCUGUACGCCGCGCCCUGGUUUCUCACUCUCUUUGCCUCUCAGUUCCCGCUCGGAUUUGUUGCCCGUAUAUUUGACCUCCUGUUUGUCCAAGGCACAGAGGUGAUUUUUAAGGUGGCCUUGUGCUUGCUGAGCAGCCACGAGGGAGAGAUACUGGAGUGUGACGGCUUUGAAAGCGUUGUGGACUACCUUAAAUCUACCAUUCCCACCCUCACUCACAGCCAAAUGGAAGAGACAAUAACCAAGGCUAUCGAGAUGGACAUCUCAAAGCAGCUGCAUACGUAUGAGGUGGAGUACCAUGUCUUGCAGGAUGAACUGGCAAAUGCUCCUCCACCAUCAGAGGAAUCUGAUAGACUAGACAAUUUGGAGAAAGCCAAUGCCCAGCUCAAGAAACAGAACAUGGAAGUACUGGAGAAACUGCAGGUGGCUCGUUUGAAGGUUCAGACCUUGGAGAGCAGCGUGGAAAGCUUCCUGUCACGUGAGAGCAAGAUGAAACACCUGAUCCAUUCUCUGGAGCAGGACAAAGCUUCCUACCAGAAGACCAUCGAGCGCAUGCGUAGCAGUUUGCCCGUGGAAGCCAUGGCUGAUGUGGAGAUGACACAACUGAAGUCCAGCACUAACAGACAAGCCAAAGCAGCUAGUAAAAAGCCUUGAACCGACCAGCAGAUUUCUGACGAAAGGGCACAACCCCCCUCCCCUGACUUUGGUGCUUGUAUCCUGAGAGAUUGAGUCAACAGCUUUAUGUAGAAGACAUUUCACUACAUGCUUGUAGGCCAGGUGUAGAUUGAUAAGCAUCACCGCACCCAAAUAAGAACGUCUGCUGCUUCCUCAUUUACGUCCCCAAAGUGCUUCACUCUUUAUUGCCUAAUUGAAUCUUUUCCUUUGUUUGAGAGUUGGGAAUGUUUGAAUUAGAGGACACUUUGCUGCCACAUUGUUCAGAGUACUUGAAAACAAUACAAAGUAUUUUCUUUCCAAAGAGCAACAUGACUUGUCUGUGUAUAAGGCUUGAUGCAUUAAUCUCUACUACACUUGGACAACCAGAGAAUUGUUCACUGUGAAGGUUCUUUUUACCCAACACUCCACAAGGGUUGGAUGCUGACUGAAUUGAGGAAACCAAAUAUUUACCAGGUCGAUCUUUUGCUUAAAAUGCUUCACCUAAAGUGCAGGAAGUGCACCAUCUGCUGCUGCGUUUCCUUUUUUCAAAUGGUCCUGCUGAUGACACUCCUCGAUUUGGAGCUCUGGAUCCCCUGUUUUGAAAUGGGCUUCAGACAUAUCACUGUCUAAAUACCUGAAGAGUAACAUGUCUUUACACUGUCACCUUCCUUAUUGCACAGUAUUCUGUGUGGAAUGCAAAAGUGUGCCUAAGAAUGUGGUUUAUUGUACUUUACCAUAAAGAUGGCAAAGAUGUUAUGUGUCUUUCAAAUGGUUGCCUUAAUUCUGCCAAUCAUUCAAAAAACAUUGUUUGAUUUUCCUUCCAAAUUAUCGUUUGUUUUUGUGUCACACCAGAAACUGUACUUGACAUAUACACAAAUAUGCUUGUAGUGUUGUAUAAGAGUUUAGGGGGUCACGGCUUGUGUCAUAAUAGUCCUCAGUGUCUUGAAGAGUUGCACUGCAAAGAAGUCAAUUGAUCAGUCAUUUUUCUUGUUUUAUAGUAAAAAUAUGUAAACACACUAAAAAAAUGAAUGUACUUAAGAUGCAAAAUUGCAUGACGAUUAAAAAAAAAUACAUUUGUUGCAAAAUGGGAGCACACAGAAUAAUAAACAAAUUAUACUUUGGAUGAAUUGCAAGUCGCUUUAGAUAAAAGUGUCCGCCUAAUGCUUAAAUACAUGUAAAAUACUAAUUUAGGGCAUAAUGUUUGCAGUGUGCUCAGCCUGUUAUAACAGUAACCAUCUGUCUGAAUUUAUGAUGCUAAAGUAACCCUGAAAGUUUUGACAAAUUGUUUUUACAGUGUAUUUCAUUUUUUCAUUUUUCAUGAAUAUUUUAUAACACAUUUGAUUUGACGCUAGUUAAAUUGGUCCUAGGCAUCUUAAGUCUAAUUCUACAAAAAGUGCAGGAAAUGAUGGGUGAGACGUUGAGUUAAACCACCCAUUUAAUAAGAUGGUGGCCAUAUCAGAUUGUACAUAUGAAGAUGAAUCACACUGUAUUGGUUACUUAUCUAACCAUGUGUAAGUGCACUUAAAGCAGAAAUAUCUACUUGAACACUUGUUGGUUAAGAAGCUUUCCAUCUUCACAUUUUUUGUCUGGACUGAUCAGAACUUGCCUGUUUUUUUGUUUGUUUUUUUCAGUUUAAUUAAUGAAUCACAAUCUGUAAGAUGGCAAAUGUCCUAUGGUAGUGUUGGUAAGGUAUUUUUCAUCAAGAGCUUCUUUCAGCUUUUCUAUGUUCAUGUGAACAUCUUUCAUUGUAUUUCAAAAAGUAAAGUUCCGUUCAAUAUGUUUUUAACUCCUACUGCAGAACUGCAGUGUUAUUGAUUGGUGAUUGUUACCAGUGCUGUGUAAAAGCUUUCAGAACAUCUUUUUUUCCUAGUUGGCAAUUUUGUUUUCAGUCUUUUCUUUCUUCAGUAAUACAUACAUGUGACAAUGUAAACUAAAAAGAGUCUGUUGCAAAUGUAAAAAAAAAAAGGUUAAUCAAGGGCUCUUUCUUCUAAUGCACACACACAAUGUUGAGCAGCACAUCUGUUUAGAGGAGGUACAUUGUAGCAGUACCUCUGCAUCAAAAAGAGUAACAUUGUGAAGGAUCAACCCAGUCUCAUGAAAAUUCAUACAUAUUUUACAAGUUGGCUAUUUCGUAUGGCCCUGUGAUGGACUGGCGACCUGUCCAGGGUGUCCCCCGCCUUUCGCCCAAUGUUAGCUGGGAUAGGCUCCAGCCCCCCGCGACCCUGUACACAGGAUAAGCGGUUGACGAUGGAUGGAUGGAUGGAUAUUUCGUAUGAUUUUGUAUGAGUGUGUUCGGAUAAAUUUGUAAGAUUUCAUCACGUACAAAUGCCCGGAUGUCUAAUGUGGAAGCGCAAGGUUCGCGCCCAAGGCAUUAAGGACACACUUAUUAAUAUUAUGCCCUUACCCAAACCUCUUAUCUAAACCUAACCGAUGAGUGUGUUAACAUGAUAGUAAGCUGUUGCGUGUGACAGAAGCAAGUAAUUGUGUAUUAGAUUGAAACGAUGUCCAGCGAUGUAAUUGGCUUCAGUGAAAGUCGUACGAACAAUCAAACGAUAUAAUACGAAUUAGCCAAAUUUAGAAAAGUCAUAUGAAUUCUGACAAUUUUGGCGUUAGAGUGUGUAGGAAGGAUACAGGCAAAAAGAUUUAAAAUAAAAAUGCAAAAUUAAGAAUAAGGUUACAUUGUCCAACUUAUUAUUCUUGCUUGGUGUUAUCACGGAAUAAGAUACUGUAUUAAUAAACAGAAAAAGACAAAACAAAUUAUCACCGCUCUAAUUAAAACAUUAUAAUCACAUUUUGUCAUGUGCCAAAACAUUUUCAUCAUUACUGUUGUUUCCAUAUCAAUUACAGAUGAGUUUGACUGCUGCUUUUGCAAUUAAUCUAAUGAAUUUGGUUGUUUGGUCACCAGUGAAAUUGUGUGUAGUGUGCUGACAGUGACUCAUGAUUAUCUUUGCAAGAUGUACUGGAUUUGCCUGAUCUGUCAGUCCUUCAUAUUUCAUUAAAAUUGAGUUUUAUACCUCACUUUUUUUAUUGCUCAUACUUGGGGAUAGGGAUUUGAUCUAAACCCAAAGUAUUAAACGUCAGCAAGUAAUUUGCCUUGCAUUGUUUUUGCUACAUACAUGAAUGAGUGUGCAGAGUUGUGCUGUUCUUUUUCUAAUUGACCAGACUUAAAAUUUGACAGACAAUAAAACAAGUGGAAAAAAUCUCC